AUGUUAAAUCACAACAGGGGCGGCGGAACCACGGGAGCUGCAUCGAUACAAGCUCAAUCUGUUCGUCAGAAAAGUGAUAUAAAAGAUAGUAAGGUGAAAGGCAAUGUAAUUGGAAUUGAUCUUGGGACAACAAAUUCAUGUGUGGCAGUUAUGGAAGGAAAAACACCCAAAGUAUUGGAAAAUGCCGAAGGGAUGAGAACAACGCCAUCGGUAGUGGCAUUUACAAAAGAAAAUGAGCGACUGGUUGGUAUGCCAGCUAAACGUCAAGCCGUAACGAAUCCACAAAAUACAUUUUAUGCAACAAAACGUUUAAUCGGUAGAAAAUUUGUCGAUGAUGAAGUAAAGAAAGAAAUGAAAAAUGUGUCAUUUAAAAUUGUCAAAGCCACGAAUGGUGAUGCAUGGGUAGAAGCUCAUGGAAAAAUGUAUUCACCAAGUCAAAUAGGUGCAUUUGUUUUGACAAAAAUGAAAGAAACAGCUGAAAAUUACUAUGGAACUCCGGUUAAAAACGCUGUUAUCACGGUGCCUGCAUAUUUCAAUGAUUCUCAAAGACAGGCCACAAAAGAUGCUGGCCAAAUUGCUGGUUUAAAUGUUCUUCGAGUAGUGAAUGAACCGACAGCGGCUGCCCUCGCUUAUGGUCUUGAAAAAACAAAUGACAAAGUUAUUGCUGUAUAUGACCUUGGAGGUGGCACAUUCGAUAUUUCCAUCCUAGAAAUGCAAAGUAAUGUAUUCGAAGUGCGAUCGACAAAUGGUGAUACAUUUUUGGGUGGCGAGGAUUUUGAUAAUGCUUUACUAAAACAUUUAAUAGAAGUAUUCAAGAAAGAAAGCGGCAUAGACAUAACAAAAGAUCCACAGGCAAUGCAGAGGCUUCGUGAAGCAGCUGAAAAAGCAAAGUGUGAAUUAUCAUCGGCAGCACAGACGGAUAUUAAUUUGCCAUAUUUAACAAUGGAUUCAUCUGGACCAAAACAUAUGAAUUAUAAAUUAUCACGCUCACAAUUUGAAAAUCUUGUUUCUCAUCUUGUUAAGAAAACAGUCGAACCAUGCCAAAAGGCCAUCAAAGAUGCCGAUGUGAAACUACAAGAUAUUAAUGAAGUUAUUCUAGUUGGUGGUAUGAGUCGUAUGCCAAAGGUACAACAAACUGUGCAAGAGUUAUUUGGUAAAUCACCAAACAAAUCCGUCAAUCCAGACGAAGCCGUUGCAAUUGGUGCUGCUAUUCAGGGUGGUGUACUUGCAGGAGAUGUCACUGACCUUUUACUAUUAGAUGUAACACCAUUAUCAUUAGGUAUCGAAACACUAGGUGGUGUAUUUACAAAACUUAUCAAUCGUAAUACAACAAUUCCAACAAAAAAAAGUCAAGUGUUUUCAACAGCGGCAGAUGGUCAGACACAGGUCGAAAUUAAAGUUCAUCAAGGUGAACGUGAAAUGGCCCUUGACAACAAAUUGUUAGGUCGUUUUAAUCUGGUUGGUAUUCCACCUGCACCUCGUGGUGUCCCUCAAGUUGAAGUAACAUUUGAUAUUGAUGCAAAUGGUAUUGUACAUGUGUCAGCACGAGAUCGCGGAACUGGAAAAGAGCAACAAAUUGUCAUACAAUCUAGUGGCGGUUUAAGCAAAGACGAUAUUGAGAACAUGGUUCGUGGAGCAGAAAAAUAUGCAGCUGAUGAUAAAAAGCGUCGUGAAAUAAUAGAAGAAGUAAAUCGCGUUGAGUCAAUAUUACAUGAUACAGAAACUAAAAUGGAAGAAUUUAAAAGUCAAUUACCACAAGACGAAUAUCAAAAAUUAAAAGAAGGCUCAAAUAAAUUACGUGAACAACUCUCGAAUAAAGAUAACAUAUCUUUACAAAGUAUUAAAGAAUCAGCCGAUGAAUUUCAACGACAAAGUUUACGACUUUUCGAAAUGGCAUAUAAAAAAAUGCAAUCUGAUCGUGAAGGUAACCAAUCUCAAUCAUCAUCAUCCUCUUCAUCUACAUCAGAUAGUGACGAACAGCAACAAGACAAAGAAAAACAAGAAAACAAGCAAUAG